AUGAGCUACUAUACCAACUACUACAGUGGCCUGGGCUCUGGCUAUGGCGGCUUAGGCUGUGGUUAUAGCUGUGGCUAUGGUGGCUAUGGUGGCUAUGGUUAUGGCUGUCGCCACCCCCUGUACUGUAGAAGAUACUGGUCCUAUGGCUUCUACUGA